ACCAUUCUACACCAUCAUGUUCCUACAGUAGCUCAGAGUGGACAAACCAAACACUGGCCCCAGAGAGUGUCAUGGUUCAUGAUUCUGUGUCUUGUGGUUUCUAGUAUUUGAUUUCCAUGCCCUCUGGUGUCCUUUCAGUGUCCUGUGUUCUUCCCUGUCUUUCCCUUCCUUCUUGGUGCAUGUUUGUCUCCCCCUGUCUGUGUUAGGCUGUUCAGUGUGCUGCUCAUCAGCCAGAGUGUUCCCACCUGCUGCUCCACCUCACCUGUUCCUCCUCUUGUCAUUAGUGUCUGUGUAUAUAGUCUUUGUCUUCCCUCUGGUGUUUGUCCAUUCAUUCCUUCUGUUCAUGUUCAAGUGAUGUCCUUCCAGAGUUCCCAGUGGUUCCUCGUAUGUCUCCAGUCCCUCAGUGAUCCUUUUUGCAACUGGAAUUCUUCAUCUGGGGUUUGGAAUCUGAGAUUCAGGAUGGAGACCGAGGUGUUGAGUGACGUUCUUCUCUCAGUUUACAUCAUUUCCUUCCUGAUAGGCCUGCCAGCCAACCUCCUGGCUCUCUAUGCCUUCAGUGUUAAGAUCCACUCCAAGCCACUUCCAACAGACAUCCUUCUGCUCAACCUGACCGUCUCUGACCUCCUCUUUUUGAUCAUCCUUCCUCUUAAGAUGCACGAAGCAGCUUCAGGCAUGAAAUGGAACCUGCCUGACUACAUUUGCUCCAUCACGUCCUUCACUUUCUUCUGCACAAUCUACACCAGCUCCUUGCUACUGACGGCAGUCAGUGUGGUUCGCUACAUUGGAGUAGCUUUCCCUGUCACCUAUCGUCAGCUGCAGAGACCUGUGUACGCGUUAGUUACCAGUGCUGUUAUUUGGUUGAUCUCAGCAGCACACUGCAGCAUUACUUUCAUCACCACGCACCACCCAGACCUGGCCCAAAAAAAUUCCACUGCCUGCUACGAGUACUUCACAGAUAAGCAGCUGAAGGUCCUCCUCCCAGUUCGUCUGGAGAUUUCUGUUGUGCUCUGCCUUAUACCUCUUCUGAUUUGUGUUUACUGCUACCUGAGCUGCAUCUUGAUCCUGUACAGCCGCCAAAGGAUCUCCCCGAUGCAGAAGCAGAAGGCCAUUGGAAUGGCCUUUGGGACUCUAGCUGUGUUUCUCAUUUGUGUGCUCCCAUUCAGUGUUUCUCAUUUGGUGGGUUUCUUCCAGGGUGAUAGCCCAAAAUGGAGGUAUUAUUCCUUGCUGUUAAGUACUUUCAACACCUGCAUUGAUCCCAUCAUCUUCUACUUCUCCUCCUCCUCUUUCCAUUGUAAUAGUGAAAAGUCCAUUUUCAGGAAGCGUGCUCCAGGAGUACAACAGCAAACCGCAACUUAUAAUACAGACCACAUUUCACCAUAAAUAUAUUGGAAUUAUAGCCAGCUUCAGUGUUUAUAUUGCACCGUAUAUCACUGACGUAAUACCACAAUGUGCACUGUUUGACAAAUUGCUGUAAGAGUGCAGUUUAUUUGUAAAACAGUGUCUCAC